CAAACAUGUGAAUACAUAUCACCUACAUACAGUGCAGGCACAGCAGGUACGGCCUUAAAUGACACAGCACAGCCCUCCCACGACAAGCAUAUCCUGACCUUCACGCGGCCCUCUUUUGUUUCCCCAGCCUUACUAGCUUCACAUUCCUCAAGUGUUGCGAACAGUCCCAAUGACUGCACCUCGAAAUGUCGAAACUCCAUAGCGCAUUAGAAACGCUGCGGCCGAAGGAGUAUUCGGAUGUUCCUCUUGACGACCUCAAGGGCUUCCUCACGGAUGUAUUCUCCAAAGCAGAGGUGAUAGCCAACUCUGUACCUCCCCUCCCAGGCGGAUCCGACUUUCAGUCCUCCCAACGCUCGCGAUCCGAUGUCAAUGGCGCUACUUGCGCCUCCGAAGUCACUGUCUCGCAAGCCAGAGCCCCGCCGCCUGCGCCGGAUCAAGCGGAGUUACAAAAGGGAUGGGGGAAGCCGCUGAAACUGUCCACAAAGGACACUGCAACUGGCAUUGCUGUGUUCAAGAUGGCUGGUCAUGAUCGACACGGUGCCUGGUUUGCGAGGAAGAGCGUGCAUGAGGGCCUGGGGUUUGAGAAGUGGAAGCGGGCGAUGAUGAGCGAAUUCCCGGAGAGCUUAGCUGUGCAAGGCGGGCCUGGAGAAGGCAAUAUAAGAGGCAUUGGCGGAGACAAGAGGCUAGAGAGCGAGACUGCGAAUGGUGUUGGUAAAAUGGAAGUGUAUCAGCUUUCUGCACAAUUCCCAGGGCCAACAACACCUCGCGAGUUCAUUACCCUCCUUCUCACAUCCGAUAACUGCCUAUCCGAGGCUUCGAAGAUUGGCGAUGUCAUACCUCGCCACUAUAUGGUUGUAUCAAUACCAGUGAAUCAUCCGGACGCGCCUCCACGCAAUGGGCUGAUACGAGGCUACUAUGAAUCCGUGGAGAUGAUUAGGGAAAUACCGCUGGCGCGCCGAAAACAUUCGGCUUCUACCACAGAUCUGCUCAAACCCGAGCGAAGUCCUUCAAGAGCGAGGGGUAGCACAAUAGGAUUUGCAGAGUCUCGUGGACCAAAAGCCAAAGGCGAGCGGAUAGACCGACAGGCUGAGGCUAGCGACGACGAUCCAGAGACUAAUCCGGUAGAGUGGAUUAUGAUAACUCGAAGUGACCCGGGUGGAGGGAUCCCACGGUUUAUGGUUGAGCGAAAUACACCGUCCAGCAUUGUCACUGAUGCUGGAAAAUUCCUUGAUUGGGCGUGCAGCAAAGACGAAUUCCCAGGUCAGGAGGAGAGAGAAGGCAUUGUGGAGGAAGAGUCUACUAGGAAGAGCUUUGAGAGUGUUCGCAAGAGCUUUGAUAGCGCGCGCUCGUUCCCAGUCUCACAGGCAAACGGAUAUCUUGCUGGUGUAGGCACAAGCAUUGCAGACCAGGCUAUCAAACCUACACACAGGGACCGAUCAGAGCACCGGCGGCAAGAUGACCCGAAUACUGGUGUCAUGGCAUCAAUUGCGAGCACUAUGGAGUCCGCAUACACCGACUAUACCCCUGAUGCUGUUCAGCGCGCAUUUCGAUCUGAUUCUGUAUCUUCGUCCUCCACCGAAGUAUCUUCUCUCGACUCAUUUGCUUCCGCCGAGCAAUUUAAUACAGCAGAGGAGGGUUCUGCGAAAGAGCAUCCAGGCAGCUCAGACAGUGGUAAGCCAAACGACACAGAUCUACUGCAGCCUGGCUCAUCCGCCGAUCCAAACGUCCCAACUCCAUCAACACUUUCAACGAAAUCCCUUCCGUUAUCUCGGUCAAACUCUCCCCGACCUGAGCAGACGACCAGAGAGCUUCAGAGAAUUGAGCAAAAGCGCAAGGAUCUCGAAGCAAAGAUAACCGAGGACCGUCAGAAGCAGACGCAACACCGCCGCGACGUAUCUGAGAAGGAAUUAGAGAAGGUGUCAGAGAGGCAUUCACGGGAUCGCAAGAAGCAAGAAGAUAAAUACGCGAGAGAGGUCCGGAAGCUUGAGGAGAAGCGCGAGCGCGAAACGAGGAAGUUGCUUGCCAAACAGCAGAAGGAGGCAGACAAAAAUGAACUGCUGAAGAUUCAGAAGGAGAGAGAUGACUGGAAAUCUAAAGCGGAGUUGUCUGAUAAGGAGAUUGUGCUGCUGCGGGAGCAGAUUGGGGAUUUGCAGCGUGAGAAUACUGCAAUAGUUGCUAAGAUUGGACGGAUGGAAGGGGGUAUCGAUGUGCUGCGGAAGGUUAAGGAAGAUAUGGAGGGCGGGAGGACGAGGGCAAGCAGUAGGGCCAGUGCUGGAAGUCGUGGGAGUAAGGAGAGUAAGAGGAAUCAUCUUGGCGAUGCCCAUUAGUUUGGCAUCGUAUGAGGUGGCCUCGGGGGCUAUCUGCCAAAACUGGCAAUCUACGAAUUUUAUUGAUAUACCAGAGGACCGUCAAGCAGUGCUAAGCAAGUGUACACAGGUCUAGAGUGAGUGUGUCUCACGACACAUUCGUGGACUGUCAUGUUUGAUUCGAGGGAGCCUGGUGGAUCAUGUUAGGUUGGAUGUGCCUGCGAGAUGCUAGGCACGAAAGGUUUCCUAUUUUAGUCCACGUGGUGUAUGUCAUUAUGAAAUGGUGGCGCUGGAUAAUUCACUGUACAUAUUGCGUCUGCAUUUAAGCAAUGCGUCUGCCCUUUCCCGUUUUAGGGGUCCACGCAGCGAAUAUUGGUGUUUGGUGAAACCAACCAAUUAGGAUAGGUAGGCUCGAUUUAGCCUAUGUCUCAACGCAAUACUACCUUUGUAUGUACUUU